AAGGUUGCAUGAUGGAAUUUGAACAUUACUUCAAGAGGUUUUAUAUUUUGGAUUAGUUAAUGAUGUUUGUCUGCUGACUGUUUCUUCGGAUUCGGUUUUUGGUGUCUUUUUGUGGCAUUAAACCCAAAGAAAUUAUACCAUGGACUACAAGGAAAGCUGCCCAAGUGUUAGCAUUCCCAGCUCUGAUGAACACAGAGAGAAAAAGAAGAGGUUUACUGUUUAUAAGGUUCUGGUGUCAGUGGGCAGGAGUGAAUGGUUUGUCUUCAGGAGAUAUGCAGAGUUUGAUAAGCUCUAUAACACUUUAAGGAAACAGUUUCCUGCCAUGGCCCUGAAGAUUCCUGCCAAGAGAAUAUUUGGUGAUAAUUUUGAUCCAGAUUUUAUUAAACAAAGAAGAGCAGGACUGAAUGAAUUCAUUCAGAACUUAGUUAGGCACCCAGAGCUUUACAACCAUCCAGAUGUCAGAGUGUUCCUUCAAAUGGACAGCCCAAAACAUCAGUCAGAUCCUUCUGAAGACGAGGAUGAAAGAAGUACUCAGAAGCUACACUCUACCUCACAGAGCAUCAACCUGGGACCAACUGGAAAUCCUCAUGCUAAGCCAACAGACUUUGAUUUCUUAAAAGUUAUUGGAAAAGGCAGCUUUGGCAAGGUUCUUCUUGCAAAACGGAAACUGGAUGGAAAAUUUUAUGCUGUCAAAGUGUUACAGAAAAAAGUUGUUCUUAACAGAAAAGAGCAAAAACAUAUUAUGGCUGAACGUAAUGUGCUCUUGAAAAAUGUGAAACAUCCAUUUUUAGUUGGAUUACAUUAUUCUUUCCAAACAACUGAGAAGCUUUACUUUGUUCUGGAUUUUAUUAAUGGAGGGGAGCUGUUUUUUCACUUACAAAGAGAACGGUCUUUUCCUGAACACAGGGCUAGGUUUUAUGCUGCUGAAAUCGCCAGUGCAUUGGGUUACUUGCACUCCAUCAAAAUAGUAUACAGAGACUUGAAACCAGAAAAUAUUCUUUUGGACUCAGUAGGACAUGUUGUCUUAACUGAUUUUGGGCUUUGUAAAGAAGGAAUUGCUAUUUCUGAUACUACAACAACAUUUUGUGGGACACCAGAGCCUCCUUUUUAUUGCCGAGAUGUUGCUGAAAUGUAUGACAAUAUCCUUCACAAGCCCCUAAGUUUGAGGCCUGGAGUGAGCCUUACAGCCUGGUCUAUUCUAGAAGAACUUCUAGAAAAAGAGAGGCAAAAUCGACUUGGUGCCAAAGAAGACUUUCUUGAAAUUCAGAAUCAUCCUUUUUUUGAAUCACUCAGCUGGACUGACCUUGUGCAAAAGAAGAUCCCACCACCUUUUAAUCCUAAUGUGGCUGGACCAGAUGAUAUCCGGAACUUUGAUGCAGCAUUUACCGAAGAAACAGUUCCAUAUUCUGUAUGUGUGUCUUCUGACUAUUCUAUUGUGAACGCCAGUGUACUGGAGGCAGAUGAUGCAUUCCUUGGCUUCUCUUAUGCACCUCCUUCAGAAGACUUAUUUUUGUGAAGGGUUUGCCAUUCAGAAACAUCGAGCAAAUAAAAACUUAUGAAUGGGACUGAAAUUCCUAUUUGUGUGAAUAUAAAAACUAUGUCUAACUAGUGCCUCAUUUUUACAUGUAAUGUUGGUAACUAUGAAAAUGUAUUUUUUGCUGUAUGCAAGAAAAUAGGGCAUUUCAAAGAGCUAAAUUUUGAAUUAAAAUUUGUAUUCUUGUUAAUUAAGCUUAUUUUUAAAUAGAACUUUAAAAGCUAUUAGCAUUAACCUAUUUUUUAAAGAAAACUUUUUUGCUGUUGACUGUUUCCCUCUUAAGUUUACACUAACAUCUACCCAAAAUAGACUGUUUUUCAAGAAUCUAUUUCAGUUCACUUGAUAUAUAUUAAUGUCUUUUUAACUCUGUUACGACUUUUGUUUUUAAAUCAGAACUAUGCAAUUGGUACAUGGUGGUUUAAGAAGAAACCACAUCUUUCCACAUUAAAUCACUGUUUGAAAUAAUCAUAUCAUGGUAGAAUUAAAACAUAAAUGCAUAAUUAACAUAUUGGCAACUAGUUAAACUUUGAAUAACAAUUCAUUCUGUAGAUCACUUUAAGAACUAA